AUGCGAGUGAAUGAGAAAGGUGAGUGUUGAUGGGAAUGAGGAGUAUAUGUACACAAUUUUGAAUGGGAGGCAUGUUAGAGGAAUUCGGUAGGAGACAUAGGAGAGACUAUCCAGUAGGAAUUGUGAGGGGGAAAUCGUACUUUACCGGCUUCUAGCUUUAUGAAGGAGAAAGGCACCCUCAUAUGUUUCGAAAGUCAUAAUUACCGAUCUACAUCUAUAGUCAGGCAGAUACUGUCGGGACGAUAUCCACUGCUGCCAUGACUGAUGGAAGAUAGAUUGAAUUUCAUGAAAUUGUUACAAAGGACGAUGUCCAGUGGUAAUCAAUGGCUUUUAACAGUCUUGGUGCCAAAAACGGCCACAAUGAAGAUAUUUAAACACUUUGAUCCAUUCGUAAUUUUGAAUGUUGGGCAGAUAGAUGCCUCGAAUGAUAUUUUAUCAAGUGUUCGUCUGUACUGAUUUGCUUACUGGCAAGCGAAUAAAGCAUAUGUUCUGGAUCCUGCUUAGUAGUAGACUACCUGUCAUUUUGAGGAUGCUGCAAGCGCUAAAUGCGAUGACAGUUCAACAGCGCUAGCAGGAGCAAGUGGGUAGUAUGGGUACUGUUUACAAUGCCAAAUUAGUAGAGUUGUCUGUGCAACCUCUGCGUGUGAACUCCUUCCUGCAUUUCAUACAUUCGGAGACAUUGACAAGCACAAACGCGUAGUGCUGCAGACUUUGCGAUUUCGAGGCAUUUGCAGGUUCCGUUUCCCAAGACAUGUUAGGCUCCUAUAACUGUACUAGAUGAGGAGAAUCAAGUCAAACUGAGAAUGUUGCAAACAUCAAGUGGAAUGACACAAAUGCACAGGCGACGACUGUACGACGAAUGCAAGCAUGCCUGAAUGCAGAGGGCGUUAAUCAGGGUGCUCAGUGUAUCACCUAUAUUACCUACAUGCGGCCGCGACUCCCCAAAGUGACCUAGGUGCCUUAUCUCUGGAACUUCAUAGAUCGGUAAAGGCUUGAACACUGAUUUUGGAUGACGCUCCAAAGCUUAACGUCAUCAGCGAACAUGGUGACAUCAAAAUUCACUUCAUCGACGCCGUCUUUGACGUAUAUAAUGAACAGCGUAGGUUCAAGGACGGUAUCUUGCAGAACACAUUUUUCAACCGCUACCUCUGAUGACUGCCUGUCACCGACGUGGACAAUUUGAGAGCGACCGAUCAGGAAUCUUUGGAUCCACCUCAAGGAAUUACCCCCAAUGUAUAUUCGGCUUAAUUUGUACAGGAGACGCUGAUGUGAUACACCACCGAAGUCGACCUAGUAUGCGUGCUCUGCAUUACUGCCAUCAACUUUCUGGAUCCAGCGUCCUAAACAAUAACGUAGGUACGCCGCGUCCCGAGGAUUAGUCUCUUAACUAGGUGACUGUGUGCCUCGUAUGCAUUUAUCCACACAGAGCUCAUCUCCUCCAUAAUUUCCGCUUUUUAUUGACUUCUUUUCUUAGCUUGCGUUAGCCAGGAAGGUCUGUUGCUCAAUUUCCUCCGGCAAAUAGGAGAGUGGUCUCUGGGAAGAACCUGCAAUAACUCACUAAAGCAGUUCCAAUCCUUGAUCAUGCCACCGGAACGAACUGAUUCCCAGUUUAUGGUGUUUAGUUAAGCUUCCAUUUGGGCAAAGCCGCCGCGCCAAAUGUUCCUUCUAACUCUCGUGUCCUGUUCGGGCAGAGAAGGAUGGAGUGCUGUCACAACAGUACUACGUGGUCGCUUCGACCUAGGGGAGGUAGACACUGCAACUCAUCGAUGCUGUCUAGCGACUUCGUAAGGACCAGAUCCAGACAGUUUGUCCGUUGCCCUUCGCGCACCCUCGUCGGAAAUUAGACGUGUUGAGUGAGAAAUAACCUGAGCUUCAUGUCCAACAAACGUCGUUCGAAAGUAUGGUCUGGCCCAGAUGCAUAGGCUGAACUCCGGUCAACAUGAGGUGCAUUGAAGUCUCCCGUGAUUAAGAUCUCGGACCGAAUAGAGAACCUCUCCAGGUCCUCAAACAGAUGGGCGUAGUUCGUGGGAUGAUUUCUCGGCGGUCGGUAGACUGUCAGGACGUCGAGGCUUGGUGAACCCGGGGCUUUUAUAGAUAGCCAAAUUGCCUCGGAAGUACACGCAAAGUUUUUCUGUUUUAUCUGAGACUAUAAGCCCAUGUUUUACAUACGUGAGUACGCCUCCUCCCUGACGUUCUCUCCUGUCUCUUCUAAACUGCCGGUAUCCUGGUAUAGUUAAAUCACGAUUGUCCAUCUGUGAAUUCAACCAAGUUUCUGCAAGCUAGAUUACAUCCGGGGAUGUAUCUUUAAGUCGUCUAGGACUUCCGAUAACAUGCUGUACUCGACGUAAGCCAUAAUGGUGAUUGCUUUUGGUACACAGGUUGUUAUGCCCCAACCGACGUCAAUGGUUAGACCUAAUGAACCCACGGUAACUGUCAAUGGCAAUGAACCCACUUAGGUAGACCAAUACUCCUUCCUAGGAAACAGAGUCUCUCUGACCACUAAGCUGAACGAGUAUGCCUCUGUCCGGACAUCUAGACCUGGCCAGACAAUUGCCAAUUUACAGAUCGAACUAGAAACUCGGGGAAAUGUGACACAACGUCAAGUCAUUCUGACCAAUUGCAAACGCCUGAUGUCCUUGUCGCGUAAACAUCUGUCGUGAAGUUUUCGUCCUCAAUACGUCCGGGGAAUGACAUCUACCACUAACAACUUGGUUCUAUUUACUAGGGGCACACUUUCCUGACAGGAGUGGAAUGUACCACAAUUAUAAAAUCGCAAGCAAACAUGGAACAUCAGUCAAGGACAACUAUAGACAACUAACUUGUGGUCACAUUACGCAGACAAUUCGAUUAACUAGGUCUGUCGCGUAGCCACCAAUCAAUUGGAAUCUUCCAGGAAAAAGACCGACGACAAUGCAGCCUGUAUGUAAGAAUGCACUGUGGAGUGAAGACGGAGGAGGUAAUAUGUGAAAGGGUCCAAAUGCACUUAGGGAGGCCAGCACAUUCUGCCGUCAUCCGGUGAUAGCUCAGCUGGUAGAGCGGAGGACUAUAGUUGUGAAGCAGUGAUCCUUAGGUCGGUGGUUCAAAUCCGCCUCAACGGAGUUAGUUUUGGUUGACUUUUGCAUCACGGCAGGCAUUUCUGAUGUUGGUGUCCAUUUACCAGUUGACUCUGCGAGGCUGACAGUCAACCUGCGAUGCGAUUCGUUGCGUUUGAAGUUCACAUUGACGAGGGCGAACUUACUUGUACAGUGCCCGUAAGCUAAAUUAUUUUUAAUUGACUUUGUCGGCUUACCGUUUAUAUUUUAGCAUCCAGUCAGCUAAGGUUGGUUCUCCCACUGAACAAAAACGUCGUUCAUAGUGGAGGUCGGCAGCCGCCUGGGACAACUGAGCAACCCUAUUUAGGGAGAGCACUGCUAACCCCCGAGAGUGGGAAGGGGCUAUAAAAGGUGCCCUAACCAAAUGCUGGGGACACAUGCCGUCUGCAGGCUGACCGCAGUCUCAGGCGCAAAAUUCACGGUCGGAACGCCCAAAUUAGAAGCAACAUUCCCAUCUCCCACUCUUCCUCCUAUUCCUCCUCCAACUCUCCGCUCCCCCCGACUCGCCAGACUGUUAGGGUGAGUCCGCUCACGCUGGCAGCAUGAAAUGUUCGUUCACUUUUAGACAAUCCGAGGAGCAACCGACCGGAAAGCAAGACGGCGCUAGUGUCCCGCGAACUGGCGCGCUAUAAGCUGGACAUCGCUACACAUAGUGAGAGCCGGUUCUCCGAACAAGGACAACUGGAGGAGGUGGGUUCCGGCUACACCUUCUUCGGGAGCUGUCGCCCCAGGGCAGAGCGACGUGACGCGGGAGUCGCCUUUGCCAUCCGGAACGACAUCAUGGGACGACUGCCCUGCUUGCCGCAGGGCAUCAACGAUCGCCUGAUGAGCCUCCGUCUGCCUCUCCUGCGGGGGGGCAAAUUCAACACCAUCAUCAGCGCCUACGCUCCCCCGAUGACCAGCCCCGACGCCGCCGCAACAGACAAAUUCUACAAGGACCUACACUCCCUCUUGGCGACGGUGUCGAAGGCUGAUAAGUUGAUCUUCCUUGCUGACGUCAACGCCCGCGUCGGCACCGACCAUACUGCCUGGAGGGGAGUGCUGGGUCCUCACGGUCUCCGCGGCUCCAACGACAACGGCCUGCUGCUCCUCCGCACCUGCGCAGAACACCGCCUCAUCCUGACGAACACGUUCUUCUGUCUACCGCAGCGAGAGAAGGCCACCUGGAGGCAUCCUCGGUCGCGUCAGUGGCACCUGCUGGACUAUGUCCUCAUCCGGAGGCGAGAUCAGCGGGACGUGCCGGUGACGAAGGCGAUCGCGGGUGCUGACGGGUGGACCGACCAUCGCCUCGUCAUCUCGAAGAUGCGUAUUCGCCUACAGCCUCGCAGGAGACCACAUGGCAAGCGACCCCCAGGUAGGCUGAAUAUUGCCUUGUUGUCCUUGCCAGCUCACCAUCUUCAUUUCAGCAAUGGGCUGGCUCAACGGCUAGACAACCUUCUAAAUCGCUGCUGCUGUUGCCGCCGACGCCGCUGUUGAGAACGCUUCCGUGGAGAACCGCUGGUGUCAACUGCGAGACACGGUCCAGUCGACGGCGCUGGCCGUCCUCGGUCGCGCACGCCGCCAACACCAGGACUGGUUCGACGACAACGACGUCGUCAUCAGCAAUCUGCUCGCCGAGAAGAACCGCCUACACAAAGCCUACGUAGAUCACCCCACUGAUGCCACCAAAGCUGCCUUCUACCGCAGUCGCCGCCAACUUCAGCAACGAAUGCGCGAGAUGCAGGACGCCUGGACUGCUCGCAAAGCUGAGGAGAUCCAAGGCUACGCGGACCGCAACGAAUGGAAGAACUACUUCUCUGCGAUCAAAUCUGCCUACGGUCCGCCGACGAAGGGCACUGCUCCUCUCCUCAGCGCCGACGGCAGUACUCUCCUGACUGAGAAGACGCAAAUCCUACAGCGAUGGGCCGAGCAUUUCCGGGGUGUCCUCAACAGCCCCUCCACCAUCUCCGACACCGCCAUCGAGCGUUUGCCGCAAGUGGAGACCAACGUGGACCUCGACCUUCCGUAUUCUCUCUAG